UCACAGAACAUACCCCCUGGGGGGGAUAUUUUGUGAUUGUCUUUAACAAUGGCGUCAAGCAGUUGCUAACCAACAAACAUGGUUGUUAAGUAAACUGCAUAAACGAAUCUUCAUAACUUUGGCUUAUUGUAGAACUUAUUAGGCAAGUUGGUUUUCUGCAAGCGUUGCCCUUUGCCUGGCAUUGCACCAGUGGGGCCAUUUUCGGUUGCAGCUUAGUUAGCAAUUAUUGACAUUCUGGGGACUUGUUCCAAGGGUAAAUUUACCAAGACAAGAUGGGCCGGAAAUGUAGUGUGGAAAAUUGUUCAUCCGAUUCCACGAAAUCUGAGCAUAUUGGUGUGACAUUUCACAAGGUGCCUCAUCAUACGGAUGUACGCCCCAAAUGGCUAUCACUUUGCCGUAUUUCUGAGCAUCGAUCCAAAUCCAAGCUGCUGUAUGUGUGUUCGCGACACUUUUUGCGCGCUGAUUUUUGCAGCUUUAAAGGCAGAAAGUACAUGCUGAAGCAGGGCGUGUUGCCUAGUGUGUUUCCAUGGGAUAAGUCCAGAUUGGAAGCGAUCAAAGCUGAAGUUUCUGUGAGUAAAGAUGGGGAACCUACGAAAAAAAGAGCCAGAGCUGGACGAAAGAAGGAGGCUAAACCAAAGCAAGUAUGUGCGACGGAGUCUGGCCCUGGAGAAGAGAAUCUAGAGCAGGACAUUAAGAAAGAGUGUGAAGAUCCUGAUGAAGCUGCUCCGGAGGCUGAUCUAGCCACCAACGUUACAGGCGAUAUAGUGUCUAGUAUGGAAUCAGAUGAGCCUCAAGAGGAAGAAUUCAAAGCUGAGCCCUUAGACAAGGACGAGAUCAACGAGAGCACGAAUCUUUUUGACGAACAUCAAAGUUCCCAGUCCACAUCUCAACAAGACUCUCCUUCAAUUGACUUUAGUAUUAAUUCGAGCAUUGAAGUGCUGGAUAACAACAAUAUCUGGCAUGUAGCUAAAAUCAACGAAGUUGAUUACGAGGAAAACGAGGUUCUGAUCCAUUUCGAAAACUCCGUCAACAAAUGCGAUGAAUGGAUUUCCAUGUCAAGUCCCAGGCUCAGACCCAUAUACGUGGAGCCCCAACAAAUCUUCGAUGUCGGUGAGCGAUGUAUGGCUAUAUGGAGUGUUUCCAAAAAGUUCCCUGCUUCCAUUUCGAAAAAACUAGAUAAUGAUUUCUACGAAUUGCUAUUUGAUGAUGGUUAUGUCAAAGUGGUUAAUGCUAGCAAAAUGUCCAAGAUAAGUCUAGCAAAGCCAGCGCAAUCAUCACCGCUGUUCGAUCCAAUAAAAAGCACCAAGCAGGAGAGGAGAGAUAAAAAGAGGAAGAUCAAUGUUGCUGCACUAUUUGCCAAACGUAUUCGUCUCAACAACACCGAGGAGAAAAAAAGCAAGGGAAGCCCCGCUCCAGCAGCGCCAGUGGAGGAAGCCAACAAGUCACCAGCCUCUCAGGACGAAGCCCCAAAUACAAAUCAGGCUUUAUCAGUUGACAAUUGGCAUCCAAGAUGGGAAAAUGGGAAACCGGUAGGUAUUGAGUCGACCAUCGAAAGCGUGGAUGGUUUAAGAAAAUCCACAAUAGUAGCCGAUCCGCGGAUGCCUCCUGGUUGGACGAAACAUCUUACUCAACGAAUGUAUGGAAACUCUAUCGGCAAAUGGGAUACUGUCAUUUUAGCACCGGAUGGGAAGAAAUUCAGGACCAAGCAGGAAAUCAAAAAUUAUCUUGAACUGCAUCCUGGCAUCGACGUGAAUGUUGAGCUGUUCGACUUUAGUCUUUAUCGUGGAAAAAGGAAAGGAAAACCCAAGGCAAAAGUUCCUGUUGAAUCAGUUGCUCUACCCAAAGAGGAACCACCGGCACCUGUGGAAGAAACAAAACCAGCCAAAGCAGAAGCUUCUCUAGACUCCCCAACAUGCCUAAAAAUAAUAUUCGAAAACGAAGCAUUUAAAUGUCCAAUUGAAGGUUGUGGUAAGAAUUUUAGACGGGAAAAUUUGGCGCUGAUGCACGUGAAACAUUACCAUCCUGAAUAUACGAAAUAUUUGGAAUCGACGCCCAAUGUGGCGGAUUUGGCUUACGCCCGCACAGUCGGCGAAAACUUGGAUCGUUCGCCAGGACCCGCCAAAGCAGCUGCAUUAAAAACUGCUGAUAAAACCGCGACUCCGAAAGUAGCCAAAGCGUCUGCCGGGGCUCAUCUGGAGGCAGCUGCUGGUGGCUCAUUUGCGCCUGACGUUAAAGUUAGAGAUACUGAAAUUAUAAAGCUUCUAACGCAAAAACCUAUAGAGGGUGGUGGAGAAAAUCAUCAUUUGCCAUCAGGUCUACCAUCUAACAUGUAUCCAGAUAUUAAAUUAAAAGAUCUUCUAGGGAAAUCUGACGACUUAGCUAUGCGUGAUGAUAUUCACCUCAAGAAUUUAUGUUCGUCACGACCCUCUCAAGGUAUUAAGACUCUGCUUCCAGUCCGCCACUCGAACGCCUUGCAAUCAGACUUGACCGAGUCGAAGCGCAAGAAAGGAAUCAAUCAAGAGCAACUCGAUGUCUCGAGGGGUAAAACUCCACACCAUUCAGCUUCCACACUCGAUUCGCCACAUUUAUCUCACCAUCCACCUUUACCACACCAGUCUCAACAGGCCACGCCAAUUUCAUUGGGGCGAAGUAGCGGAGCGAUCGAUGGCAAUCCAUUUCCAUCCGCCUUCGAUUUAGCGCCACCGCCCGCUGAGCUCGAAUCCUCGUUAGCUCCUACGGUUACUCAAUUCGAUGGCGUUAUUAUUGAAGGCGGAAAAAUAAUCAAAUUAGAGCGAAUGAAGCAAGAAGAGAUCAUCAACUGUACGUGCGGCUUCAUCGAGGAGGACGGCCUGAUGAUUCAAUGCGAAUUGUGCUUGUGCUGGCAGCAUGCUUAUUGCAACAACAUCCAAAAGGAGAGCGAAGUGCCCGAGAAAUAUGUCUGCUACAUCUGUCAGCAUCCGCUUCGAGAGCGGCAAUCGGCCAAGUAUGUGCACGAUCAGGAUUGGUUGAAACAGGGAGUUUUGCCGGUGACGUCGUUCCACAGCAAAGAUAAACUGGAGAUGGAAAGUCGCUUUGCUAAAUUGAAAAAGUGCCACGAUGUUUCUGGCGGAUUGCUGGAGCUGAGAGAGUAUAUGCAUGCUUUGGCUACCAAGCUUAAAAUUGCCGAAGUAAAAAACCAUCCUAAACUAUACUUGUGGUCGAAACCAUGGGACAAACCAAAACUGCAGGAGAAGCCCGAUAGCAAAGAGCAAAACGGCGACAGGAAGGCAUCGCUGGACAGUCCCGAGCACCAGUACGUGAAAAACGAAAUUGAAUUGACCAAAGAAGAAUCUCCCAAUCAUAACAUGCUAAUGAUGAUCCUGAAGGGCAGCAAAGAAGAGAUACCGAUGCUGAAUAUCAAUAGCAAUUCGGCCCCGAUUAUACCGCGGCCCAAAGCAGCCAUCGAUUCAGCUGACUGCAGGUUGAACCUGCUGGAGCACAUUUCUGAUGCGGAAUCGCUGGUGGAUGAGCGGUUGGACUAUUUUGAAAAGCAGCUGGAUGAUCUGGAGCAGGGCCUGAGCAUCGAGGUGGAGGAAAAAUAUCCGAAAACAAGACAGACCUUACAGUUACUAAUGAAAGACUUGGAUACAUUGAAACAGUUCAGUGAGUUGCCGAUGAAUUGAUUGUUUUUCCAAAUGUACAUUUCAGUGUGUCGAUUCGAAAAGUUUGGGAAAUCUUCAGACUGAACUGGAUUUAUUUGAUUCAAUAGAUGUGUUUUUGAAACUG